AUGCCCACAAUCUUGACCCCAUUCUACCUUGUACUGCUGCUAUUAGCCGAUGCAAAAAGACAAGAGAAAUCAAUUAGAGACAUAAAAAUUGGUUUAAAGGACCUAAAACUAUCCCUAUUUGCAGAUGAAAUUUUUGUUUGCCUAGAAAACCCUAACAUAUCAAUAAUAAAACUUAAAAAUUUUAGUAAGAGUGAGAUCAUCCGCGAUAACACUGGAAUUUUGGAAUGUGUAAAAGAAGGAAUUGGAAGAGUGAUUGGCCUCGGAGUGCCUCAUAGCAAACGACUGCUCCCACUUCUUUCCUUGAUCUUCCCUACGGUGCUGCACGGGGUUCUUCAUUACAUCAUCAGCUCAGUCAUUCAGAAGUUUGUCCUCCUAAUUCUAAAGAGAAAGACUUACAGUAGCCGUCUAGCUGAGAGCACUAGUCCGGUGCAGAGUAUGUUGGAUGCUUAUUUUCCAGAACUUAUUGCUAACUUUGCUGCCAGUCUUUGCUCUGAUGUUAUACUUUACCCAUUGGAAACAGUUCUGCACCGCCUUCACAUUCAAGGAACACGCACAAUCAUUGACAAUACAGACCUUGGCUAUGAAGUGCUUCCCAUUAACACACAGUACGAGGGAAUGAGAGACUGUAUCAAUACCAUAAGGCAGGAGGAAGGAGUGCUCGGUUUUUAUAAGGGGUUUGGUGCUGUGAUAAUACAGUACACACUGCAUGCAGCUGUUCUACAGAUUACUAGAAUUAUUUACUCCACCCUUCUUCAGAAUAGUGUUUGAGGUUUAAGUUCCUGGUUAGUCUAAAAGACAUAAUCUGGAUACUUUGUUAUGAAAUUAUGAGGGAUAAAAGUGAAAUACUGGGGGGAAAAUGGAUUAGAAAGCAAAACUGGUAGAAAAAGCCCAUGCUCAUUAUAUUGACUCUUCAUUUUUUAAAAGGCAUAGGUACAUAUUUUGGAUGAAAAGGGUUCCAAACUUGAAACCUCCAUGAAAGAAACACUCACGCAUUGAAUUCUAGCUAGUGUAGCACUCAUGCUAAACUAAAAAUGACCCUGGGCAGAAGGAAAAAAUUGUCAGCAAACAUAAAACAGAAUUUCACAGAGCUGAAUUUAUUCCAUGUGACUAAUAUUUACUAGAAGUUUAUUUCACCUAGAUUGAUACUGCUAUAUCAUCCUUCAUAUAGUAUAUAUAGUAUCAGUAUAGUUUAAGUAAAUCAGCUAUGUCAUCAGUGAUAAAGAUGAGAAGGACUAGAUUUGGCCAUGUGUAAGCAGGACUUGAAGAGUUUUAAAUUGCAUUGUCCCUGUAUAACUUUUUAAUGGCUGUAUAUUUAUUAUAUAAAGCCAUUUAUGUACACACAUGAAACUCAAAAUUUCCUUCAUCUCUACAAAUUUUCCACUCAGAUCAGCUUAUUCCAUAAGAUGAAGUCAUGUACUUUCUGCUUGAAUAUCAGAACAAAACAUUAAAAGACAAGGUACCCAAAAGAUUUAAGGUAAACAGCAUAUUUGUCCAUAUCCAAACCCAGCAUUUCAAUGCCAGCAACUGAAAAUUCGUCAUAUGUUUAUAAAGCUUGAUUUGCUUACCUAGAUACGUGAAUCAUCAGGCUGUUUUUAGACCCAGCCACUCCUUAUAUAGAAUAGAAAAUAAUCAUGACAACUAUUACUAUUUCCACAUUUACAAAUUGUGUCCUGAAAGGAAUGUGACUUGCCUUAUAUUUCUGAACGACUUGUCUUAGAGGAGACACAAAUUGAAAUUCACGUGAAAAUAUGAGCCUCUCGCCUUCCAUAUAGUCGUCAUUAAAUAAUGGCUUCAGUUUUUAUUUUCUUCUAGUUUUUGUUUAUAGUUUCAUUCUCCAAACUAAGAUAUACAUAAAGGGAAAAACAAGUUUAUCCUUAUCACCUUUUAUUUAAACUUGUUUGAAUGAAUAAUGAAGAAAAAAAUAAAAACCGUAAAGGAAGUUUGUCCUUGCUUUUUAUGGAUGAGGAAAAGAAGUAAAUCUCAAAAAUAAUAAGCAAAAACAUGGUUGUCAGUUUGUUUAAAAAAAAAAAAUUCUGCCUGUUCCUAAGUUGAAGUUGGUGGGUGAGGUUCUUUGUAUAAUAAAAUAAUAAGCAUUUGACUGCUCCAUCAUUAAACAUACUAGAAUUUCAUUUCCUCACA